AUGUCUUCAUCCGUAAAGGCCCUUGUGUCCUACCAGCCUCCUACUAGAUACCCGACUAUUGAAUCUCAUCUUCAAAAUUUGACUCUCACUUCCCUUCGUAUAUACUACGGUAUUCCAGGUUACUCUAAUAUGGCAAAACCUCGCAUAAGUGGUGUUGCCAAGACAAGCUCUAUUUUGCUGACCACGAGACCAGCCACGCCCUCGAAAUGUGUCACACAAGGAUUCCGUUUCGCCACAACCGUCGCGAAAAAUGGGAAUAGAAAGGAGCGCGUCGUUAUACUUGGUUCAGGAUGGGCUGGGUUUGGGUUUGCGCGAAGCCUCGAUCCCAAGAAAUUCGAGCGUAUCAUGAUUUCACCUCGCUCGUACUUCGUCUUCACCCCUUUACUCGCUUCGACUUCAGUGGGCACGUUAGAGUUUCGCGCUACGCUUGAGCCUGUCAGAAGGCUCGGUUUAGACCGUUUCCAUCAGGGGUGGGCUGAUGAUAUAGAUUUCGCGCGCAAGACUAUCCGGGUAGAGGCAAAUACGUCGGAUGAUCUCGCGUCGAGAACACGGCUGGCGCUGAAGCACCGUCCCGAUGGUGAGGGCAAGGGGGAUAUAUUCGACGUUGAAUACGACAAACUAGUCAUCGCAGUUGGGUCUUACAGUCAGACAUUUGGCAUCGAGGGGGUGCGCGAACAUGCCAACUUCCUGCGCGACGUUGGCGAUGCGCGUAAAAUCCGGAUGAAAGUUCUUCAAAGCUUCGAGAAGGCCGCUUUACCAAUUACGACUGAAGAGGAACGUAAAAAGUUGUUGCAUUUUGCUAUCGUCGGUGGCGGACCAACUGGUAUCGAAUUUGCGGCUGAAUUGCAUGAUUUGAUACAGGACGAUCUUCGGAAAACAUACCCGGAACUUAUGAAAUUCGUCAGCAUUACUGUUUAUGAUGUGGCUCCUAAGGUACUCCCGAUGUUUGAUAAAUCUUUGGCGGAUUAUGCUAUGGAUCGAUUCAAGCGCGAGGGUAUUGAAGUUAAGACUCAACACCACCUUACACGUAUCCGACCAGAUGAGGAAUGCGAAGGUUGUCUAAAAUUAAAAAUCCAAGAGUACGGCGACGAAGAGAUUGGUGCUGGCAUCGUGGUAUGGAGCACGGGCCUGAUGCAAAACCCCCUUAUCCAAAAACUAGAAGCGAAGACCUUCAAAAUAUCCUCGUCAGAUUCUGAGAUGCAGUUACAAAGAGAUGCAAAGACAGGAGGACUUGUUACGGAUGCGAAUCUACGUGUCAAUAUGAUACCCCAAACCGCGACGUCCGAACCGCUGGAUGUUCAGGGGCGAAAAGCUACUCCGUUACCCGACGUAUAUGGUAUCGGCGAUUGUACGGUGAUUUCGGAGUUAAGCUUACCGGCUACAGCUCAGGUAGCUAGUCAACAAGCGGCACAUCUUGCGCGACGAUUGAACAAAGGCGACGUGGACCAGAAGCCGUUCCGCUUCCGCAAUUGGGGCACUAUGACGUAUCUCGGGAAUUGGACCGCUAUUCAUCAAAGCUCUCAUGACUCUCUAAGAGGUUACUUGGCGUGGAUAUUAUGGCGGACGGCCUACUUGACGAGGAGCAUGAGCGUGAGGAAUAAGAUUACAGUGCCGUUUUACUGGGCUAUCUCCUGGUUGUUCGGAAGGGAUAUUUCGAGGUUUUAG